AUGGAACGCUUCAGAAAGCCAUCAUCCAUGCAACUUACCAUUCCUCCAAGCUCGGUGGAGAGCUGCGUCACUUCUGUCCCUUUUGAAAGGGUACUGUAUGAACACCCCAAGAACAGCCUCAAACCCGUCUGCAGCAGUAUGGAUCAUCACCUUGCUCCGAAAGAAUCUUGGGCCAGCAAAAGCUCAUGUCUUACGGCUGCAAAGCCGAACGAUGACUAUCCUUGGGCCGACAUGGGGGUGUUGUUGGAAAGCGGAAAAGGUUCGCGUGCCGCGCUCCAGCUUUUCAUUCUUUUGCACCUUGAUGACUGCCCCCGUUGCGCCAGGCGGAAUCCACGAGCGGAGGAGAGCUCCAUACCAGCACAGCGAUGUCGCUCGGUGGCGUGUGCGUCAAUGUUCCCCACUAGAUUCUUGAGGGUUUUUAACGUCUGCCAGCUUCGCGGAAGGCCUAGCAAGUAUUCAUGGGUACUUGACAAGACGCAGUCUCAGUAUCCCGCAACCUAUGCAUACAUACCGAACAUCAAAGUUUGA